AUGGAGACGGGUGCAACACAGUACGUUAUCAAAGGAAGUGGCAAUGACCAUCAGGAAUACUGUGAUGAUGAUCGGCGCGUCACCGUUGAAGAGAAAGAUUCGCCGUUUGAAGAAGGGUCGCAAGAAGUCGAACACAGUACAUCUGUGGGUUUAGUGGAGAAAAAGGCCCCACCAAAAAGGCAACCGAGUUCUGACUCUCUGUUCAGCGGGAAGCAGGUGAAACCCGGCGACGUAUGGACGCCGUACGGCCCGCCGCUGUACGGGUACGGCUCCUCCCUGAACCCGCCACCCAGGAAUUCGAAGCGGUUAGACACGCUGCUCAUCCUCGCCGCCAUCUUCUACUGCCUGGCCGUCCUGACAGCGGUGGUGUUCGCUGUCUUCUUUAAGAUCAAAGUCAUGCCAGCCUACAUGACUCCUGCGGAGCCGGUGCCUGUGUGGAUGCAGCAGUUUUCCCCGGAGAUGCAGAGGUGGUACCAGUUGGCUCUCCAGGCCGCAGGAGGGGACAAAUCAGCGAUACUGCCGCCUGGACACGUGCCGCAACCGACCGUGGAGAUUCCUGUGCAGGAAUUUUGCGGAAACACGUCUCUCCCCGACUUGCCCCAUGGCCGCUUCAACUGCAUCAGUAUCGCCCACCACAACAUCUACGUGCGCAUGUGCAUCGCCAGGUGUGACGUGGGCUACCAGACUGAUGACGCGGGCCUGCUGUUCUGCAACCGCGGCCGAUGGGCGCCGAUCGCGCCCGAAGUCGUGUCGACACUCGUCGGCGUCGGGCGGGCUGCCGACACGAUGCCGAACACCGACCCUCGGAUGUUCGAGCACCUCGGCAUCUCCGACGAAAUCUACGCGGACGUGGCGUUUAACAUUUUAGUGAAGGUUGAUGACGUCCCAAAUCUGUCUAUCAUAAAGACAUAUCUAAACAUGAUAUCAGAGGACAACAUCAUCGACUUCAACAUGAUGCGGCAAUUGUUGAUCUGGAUUGGCCCAACUCUAGACGACAAAGUGGCCAACCUGGACUUCCUGCAUAUUCUGUCUCGCCUAGAGACGUUUGGGGCGUCCAGACGGCCGGUAUGCAGAAUUGUGGACUGCAAAGGAGAAUUUGGGAACUUAGCUCAUGGUCGAGUCAGCAGCACUGCGACCACCUACAUGUCAGAAGCCCGAGUGGUCUGUGAGCGAGGCUACCUGCCCAGGCACCUUGUACUGACGUGCAACGCUACAGGACACUGGGACGAACCUGCACAGUGUGACCCUGUAACCUGCAGCCCACCUGAGGACCCCCCGCACGGCUCGUACCUGUGCCAGGGUCACGUGUUCUCGGACCGCGGUGACGUCACCUGUGACGUAGGGUACCUACCGGAAACGGACCACGCCCUAGGCUGCAGCUGGACCGGAAACUGGACCUCCUUCCGCAGAGGGAACACGACAGAGAUGGAAAAUGCUGUGUCAGCAGACGUUGUUAUCCCACAGACUCUGGCCUGUGUCAUCGCUGACUGUGGAAACAUUUCGACACCCGCACUCGGUGACGUCACCUGUACAGGUACGACGUACGGUGAGACGUGUCAUCUCACCUGUCAGAACGGCUACGAGCGGCUGGGCCAAGACAACUUCACCUGCCAGGUGUACCGGCUAACAGCCCAGGCCACCUGGAGUGGGGAGCCUGAAUGCACACCAGUGAGUUGCGGAUCCCCUCCUGAGUUCCCUAACACCGCCCUACUGUGCGCCAGCGGACACACCUACGGGAACACCUGCGGAGUCACCUGUGCGGACGGGUACGACGAAACGAACCACCAGAGUGUAGCUUGUCAUAGCAGCGGGAACUGGAGCCUGCAGGACGGAGCUCUCCAGCCAGUUGUUGGAGGACCAGAUCUGUUCUGUCAGAAGAAGGACUGUGGCAACCUUACUAGCCCUGCCAACGGCAGCCUGACGUGCAGCGGUACCAGGUACCAGGACUCCUGCCGCCUGACCUGUCAGCCCGGGUACAAAGUUGGCUACGAGGGCGGCCAUAUUCUUCACAGUCUGUACAACUUCAGGUGUCUGGCUAGUGGCGAAUGGAACAAUAAACCAAGAUGUGUCCAGUCUAACUACUGCCGGCUCGGCCUGCACGACUGUCACCCUGAGCACGGGAUCUGCGACCUGACGGGCCACCAGACCUUCAGCUGCCGCUGCCGGGUCGGGACGGUCGGGGACGGGAGACGCUGUGAACGGACCCCCUGUCCGCCUUUCCCGAUCUCUGAACCAGCAAACGGCUUCUUCAGGUGUUCUAUCCCAGGAUCCUCUACUGCCUGCACGACAGAGUAUGCUAACAGCACCUCCGCGGAGUACGAGGUCGUCUGUCUGCUCCACUGUAACCAUGGUUACGACAGGCUGAUCUAUGCCGAGUACUCCUGUGGACAGGACGGGAGCUGGACCAUUCCUGUCGACAUAGACAGGCCAGGGACCACGCCGUGUUUAGCUGUGAAAUGCCCGGACCUGGCCCUUCCCUUGCAUGGUACAAUGACCUGCAAUAGUGGCUCCGAAUUCCGCUAUCCGGAGGUCUGCAACCUCGCCUGCGACCGAGGCUACGAGCUAACGACUCCCACAAACAGCAGCGAGAGACGCUGUCAGACUGAUGCAACCUGGUCUGGAAACGACGCCGUGUGCAUCGGCGUACAGUGCCCAGCCCUGUCUAUCCCCGCCAAUGGGAGAAUAUCCUGUGAUAACGGCUCCUCCUUCCGGUUUCCUGAGAACUGCAGUUUCUCCUGUGACCCAGGCUAUGAGAUACACGAGAGAGGUAACAACAGUCGGACCUGCCAAGCCGACGGUACAUGGUCCGGGAGCGAUGUCACAUGCAUCGGUAAAUAUGACACCCAUUCUGAAACUUGUGCGUUUACAGAAACAUUCCCCACUGUUGCAGCUCCAGACAACAGAGGCACCGAGUUCAUGGUAGGGUUUCUCGAGAACUUUAGACCAACGUACACGGAGCUUGAGCUGUCCAUCACCAGUGCAAGUUCCACUCCUACUUCUACUUCAGUCAAUAUUUCUGCCCCUGGUGUGGGUUUCACCCGCCGCCUGACGGUCACAGAUGCAGCAGUGCAGGUCGUGAGCCUCCCACAGUCCCUCGCGCUCAGCGGUAAUGAAAAGGCACAGAAGGGCGUUUCCAUUACAUCAGAUACAGAAAUCAUAGUGUACGGUGUCAACAAGGUUAGUGCCUCAACGGAUGGGUUCCUUGGUCUCCCAAAAGAUGUCCUUGGAAAGGAAUACUUUGUAGCUUCAUACACCCCAUACAUUUCACAUAGACCAUCGGAAUUUGGUAUUUUUGGUACUGAAGACAACACAGACGUUGAGAUCAAAUUACGGGGAAAUACUGUGUAUGAGGGAGUGCCUUACCCCACAGGAAGUGUCAUCAGGUUGGUUCUGAAUAAAUUCGAAGCUGUUCAGUUCCAAGGAUCGGAUCUAACAGGUACACACAUCAUAUCAAACAAGCCAAUUACACUAAUGUCUGGCGUACGGUGUGCCGCGGUCCCAACUGGAGUCAUUGGUUGUGACCACAUCGUGGAGCAAAUCCCCCCAGUGGACUCCUGGGGCAGACGGUUUGCUACAGUCCCUCUUGCUGUCCGUACGGGAGGCGACAUCUUCCGCAUAGUCGCUGCCAGAGACGGCACCAUAGUCAGUGUCACGGGACAUGCACUGCCAGCUAAAUUGCUUCAUUCGGGGGACUUUUGGGAGCUGGAUGUUCCGUCCAACGUCUACCAGGUCAUCACGUCAUCUGAGCCUAUCAUGGUUCUGCAGUACAACAAGGGAAGCGCCGCUGAUGGUGUCAACACAGACCCGUUUAUGAUGUAUGUCCCCCCAAUUGAACACUUUGCCGCUGACUAUACUUUUGCCACUGUAGAUGCCGCGGGCUCAGUGUUUGACAGCUACGUUAAUAUUGUCAUAAAAACUACUGAGAAAUCCGGACUCCUCUAUGACGGAAACCCUCUCCCAUCCUCCACAUCAUGGGUACAGGUUCCUGACACUGACCUGUCUGCUGCGCAACUGCACAUCAAUGCUACUGGUACUCACAAGAUCAAACACAACUCCGCUAUUGUCACCUUUUCUGUUUUCUACUACGGCUACUCCUCUUAUGACUCAGUCGGUUUUCCUGGGGGCAUGCGCUUUGAGCAUAUCUCUAGAUCUGCAACAGCUUGCCCAAACGGGUACAUCUACCACCAUCAUAGCCGGUCCUGCUACAAGGCCUUCAACCAGGAGAGUAACUACACUCAUGCCGUAACGACCUGUUCUUCUGACGGCGGAACCCUCGCCAUGCCCCGCGACGCCGUUACCAACACCUUCCUCGUCAACCUGAAGAACGCCGUCGAUAACAGCGCUUUCUUCCGUUUCGGAAUGACUGACAUCCAACAGGAAGGACGCUGGGUGUGGGAGGAUGGUGUUGCUCUUGGGGGUUUCAGUUCCUGGGCUCCAGGACAACCUGACAACGGAAAGGGUGGUAACGAAGACUGUGCUGAGUAUUUCCCCGUUACCAUUGGGAACAUGUGGAAUGAUGUUCCGUGCCCCGAUUACCCUUCUAGGAAGUUCAUUUGCCAAGUCGCACCGACUUAACAGGUUGGUCUUCAAGCGACUAGUGGCGUCAAACAUUUCCUCCUCCCAUAGCCAUGUUUAUUACAGUUGAAAGUUGCGCUACUAUGAAACCUGUCUUCUUGUGAAGGGCAAUACGUACCGAAAACUUGGUCCAUUGGACAUUUACGGCAUCUACUUCACGAUCUUAGGAGUCAUACAACGUAUUAAUAAUCUUGUAAUGAUUUAGCUUGUAUGGACGUCCGACAGCAAAGCUACGUGUUUGUGUUAUUUGCUUUAAUUUUUAUCAAAGUUUGCGUUUGGCACAUAGGCAGCAUUGUCUGUCUGGUUUUAAUGAAGUGUCAAAAGUAACGACUCAGCCAAUAUAUUCGAAUUUUGGAAAUGGCUUUUAUGUGA